AGAUUCUGCGCUUGCUAUGACUCGGUGGCGCCUGGACAACCACAACUGCAACUACAACCACCUAGUCGCAUAAUUCAGAAUCGAAUCAAGGUGCUCGCAGCCCACAGUGGGUAUGGUUAUUUACUCGCAGCACUUUUCGCAGAUGUACAGCACCCCCCUCUAAGGUGUUCGAAAAGAUGGAUCGUCGAACAAUGCUGAAACGGUCUAAGUCGAAAGUCAGAGUUGGGAGCUGUAUGGUCUGGGACCUAGGUAUGUUUUUAUUAGCUCCAUCGUACGCAUGUAUACUCAUAAUCGUACGAUCUACGGGCAUUAAUCAUGCUACUAUUUUUUGUGUUCUUCAAGUUACAUGUCCUAUCUACAGACACUUCCUAGUGGAGCGAAAAUUUCACUGCCGACUCCAAUAUCUAUAUGCGCGUCUUAUACUGCAUCGAUGUGAAAGCAGAGAUACGACUUACUAUGCAGAGAAAAAAUUCCUACCAUGCAGACCCGCAAAACCAAGGACAGUUGUCAGUGGACGUGGGAGAGACUGAUGAUGUCAAAGCAGCGACGACAGCGAGUACGAUUACAG